UGCACGGUGCGGUCGAGGUCCUAGGAAGUACUACUGAUAUUUGGGUUCAAUCGUUAACGUCACUAAUUUGUAGUCUGGAUUUUGAUUGACUAUCGGACCUAUUUUCUUUUUUAUAAAGGACUGAACGACAAUUGGAACAACCGGAUGAAGGUGACAUUGGAAAUUAAAUGGACUUGAAAAUGUUUUCAAUAUCAGAACCUCCAACGUCCGGAUCGGAGGUGGUGUUCGUGGUUAAAAAGGUCUGUUUUAAGAGCCAUUUCGGUCUGGUGGAACUGUUGGUGGACAUCGGCUAUGAAGUUAAAGGCGUCCAGGAGAACAAGACUGAGGAAGUAGCGUCUGAUCAAAUCAAUCCCGACUCAAAAGAUAACCCUGUCCCGGAAUGUGUCUUAACAAAACGGCAGAAUAUAAUGCCAUACCAAUUAGAAACCUGCUUUCUCGCUAAUAUUCUGCCUUUUACAGAGAAAUGGUCAGAAAAAGCAACAAUAUUUUUGAAAUCUGUACUUGACAAGCAAAUGAGUGGAUUGGUUGAAGAUGUACUGAUGCCAGACGGGAUCAUCCUCAUUGACAUUCCGUUGAUCGGCAAUUUUCUAUCCCGCCAUCGGAUGGCAAAGAAGAUUGAAGCUGGCCACUUCAGGAGCCUGGUCCUCUCAUCUCUAGAUUCCCCUACCAGUCCUUCCACGCCGUGCUCCUUAAGCACUUCACUGUCUAAUGGUGGGGAUGUGCCAAAACAAUACCUCUACCUCGAACUGCAAUCUGGAUUCUUUGAAAAUGUCAAGGUGACCCAAGUGACGGAUUCAAUGAGCCUGUUCUGUAAACUCUCAAUAUUCUCCAAAGAGCAGGAGAAGCUCUCCAAGCAGAUGCAGCUGCACUAUGAGGGAAGGUCUACCCUGGGGCCAGCUAGACCAUGGGCGAGUGGAUCCCCGUGUGCCACCAGAAGCGCUGACGGCACAUGGCAGCGUUCCCAACUGACCCAAGCCGCAGUGAGCGACACUGGCUUCGUGGACGUGCUACACGUGGAUCACGGGGAGACUCAAAGGAUCCCCAUGUCUGAAGUCCGACAUCUGCACGACAGCUUCCUCCGAAUACCGGUCUUCGCGUACCACUGUGCUCUCGAUGGAGUGGACGGCACCACUCGGCCCAAAGACCAAAUAGAUGUUCUGAAAUCCCUGAUGCGUGGUUCUGUUGUGGCUAAAUUUGAAUGCUACGAUGCAGUGAAGAAUAUCUAUGAUGUCCGGUUGUUUGGAGAUAACGCGGCAUGCAUCAAUGCUUAUUUUAUAGAGGAAUCUAUUGUUCUUUCAGACUCGAGGCACGCCGGUAAGGAUUCCUUGGCGGAAGACCGUACCACGCCAUCAGAUACAGAUGAAACAGAAAAUAGUUUCAUCCCCAAGGUCGGCCUGACGGAUCAGUUCUUUCAAUGCAGCGCGUCACCCAAGUCUGCAAACCCACCAGCAAACAGGAGAACAGACAACGACAAAUGUGUUGACAAGAAAUGCUGGCCCGAUCCAUCGCCCCUCAGGAAGGAAAACGCAAACUCUGUGAUGCAGAAUGGAUCCGCUUCUGCCCAAACCCCCGAUGUGGAGAAGAAAAACAUUUGUGAACAAAUUUUACCGGUAGGAAGCUGUGUGGCGGUGAAAGUAACUUUCAUUGAAAGUCCAUUAAUGUUUUUCUGUCAAAUAUUAGAAAACAGAGAAUCUCUUCUGCUCCUAAUGAAGGAUUUGCAAAGUUAUUAUGACACUUCCAGGGUCGAGAAGCCUGUCAUUGAUUUCUGUGUUGCCCGGCACCCAGACAACCACAUGUGGUACCGCGGGAGAAUAAUGGACCGCAAGUCAUCAAUGACGGAUGUCAGAUUCAUAGACUACGGUCACAUUGUCCAGGUUCCUUUGAAAGACCUACGCUCAAUUGAUCCACGCUUCAUGUGUAUGAAAGCGCAUGCCCUUCAGUGCUGUUUACAAACCCCAUUGCACCCAGACAACCCCAGUGCUGCUCCUUGGACAGAUGGGGCCACAGAAGAAUUCCGCAAGUUCGUAGAUGAAGGAGAUUUCUCCAAAGGCGAGUUGAAAUGCACCAUCAAAGCUAUGACACGCAACCCACAAGGUUUUGCAUGUAGCGUUGUCGAAAUCGGGACCCCUCUUCAGAGUGUAUGCGACCUGCUCACUCGGCUGUCAGUGUCACAGUCUGUACACCCUCCGGAGGUUAUUACUGUUCCACUCGUCCCAACGGGAUACAGUCACUCAACCCACAACCUGGAAGUCGGUUCCAGGGAGGAGGUGUCCAUCACAUGCUCCGUUAGUGUCAAUCAUUUCUACUGCCAGCUCACCAGGAACAACCCUUCGUUUGACAGAAUCAUGGAAGGCGUUCAGCAGCUUCUGGCCAGUCAGUCGCAAUGCACUGGUCUUCCUCUGGUGGUCGACAGCGCAUGUAUCGCAAGGUACACGGACAACAAGUGGUACAGAGGUCAUAUAAAGAAGACAGGUACUCAGCCCCAGGUUUGCUUUGUGGAAUUUGGUGAUGUCGUGUCAUUGAAAAUGUCAGACGUUCUUCCCGUUCCAGCAGAAUGUAGUGCCGUCCGAUCGCUUCCUGUGCAGGCUGUCGAAGUUGGCCUGUUUGAUGUUCCGGCAGAUGCACCAAAGGAAAUCAACGACUGGUUUGAAGAGCACGCCGUCGGCCACUGUUUCACCAUCUCUGUCGAGGAAAUAGACUCCAGUGGGAAGCUACUUGUGGUACUCUUCGACGGGACAUUGAAUGUAAAUCUUACAAUCAAAGCGAGGACAGUGAUGGCAAAAAAACGAAAUGGCUCACACCCACAGCCCGUUCCUUCGCCGUCUUCAGGCGCCGAACGGCACGCACUGGAAAUCCCAGUGGACCACUGUCAAAUGCAAAAACUAACAAUCACUGAACCAAAGAUGAGGACCGCGCAACCAAACGAAAUGUGUGGCAGAAAUGGGCCCCAAGCAAAGGUGGAGCAGAGUGGACCGUCCGUAGCAUAUGCCCUGCUGGACACGAAUAAACCUGUGCAACCUUCAGUGGCACCCAGUAAUGCCUUAAAAAAUGCAACACUGGCAGACCUUCCCCCAAAGCUAAUAGAGCAAAGAUCGUCAUUUGCUGUCCAUGUUUCCCAUUUCAAGAACCCUUCAAGGGUUUUUGUUCAACUCCAACAGGAUGAGAAGGACAUAUACGCCAUUGUGGACAAACUCAACGACCAAGACGGGGUGUUUUCCGGUCCAGUUCAAUUUGACAGCUUGAAUGUUAGUGAUUUGAUCAGUGCAGAGUUCCCUGACGACAGUGCAUGGUAUCGUGCAGUUGUUGGGAAGAAGCUUGACGACGGGUCACUCGCAGUAGAGUUCAUAGACUUUGGCAACGAGGCCACGAUCCCUUGUGGUAAGACGUGCUACCUCGACAAGGAAUUCCUAGCUCAGCCACGGUUCGCUAUUCCAUGUCAAUUUGGAGAAAUCAGCAACGAACAAGAACAGUGGGAUCAGGAGGCGAUAUCGGCGUUCAAAAGUGAUACUGUGGAAAAUCCUGAGAAGACUUACUCGUGCACCUUCAUGAAAGAAACUCGAGACAUUUGGGAUAUUGUUUUGGUCGACCAGGGCGUUGCAUUGUCACAGAAACUCAUCCAGCAACCUCAACCCGGAUCAAACUCAAAGCAAACCGAUUGCACUGAAGGAACCUCCAGAUACCCCAAGCCGGACGUCCUCCCAAACUGUCUGUAUCAGGUGUUUGCGACGUGCAUUGUGGGACCGCACUUCUUCUGGUGUCAGCAUGAGAACCCGGAGGUUCUGGACAAGGUGACCAAGCUCACAGAGGAGGCCGGACGAUUGGGAGGGCAGGACCCCGCCUGGGUCGGGACCCUGAGCCUCGGCAGUCCCUGCCUCGCCCUCUUCCCCGACGACAAUCAUUGGUACCGCGCUCAGGUCAUCCGCAGGACCGGCGACGCCAUCUCGGUUUUGUUCGUAGAUUACGGCAAUGAGACAGAGGUCGACGUGAGCGGCGUGAAGGCGGUGCCCCGGUUCCUGUUCGAGUCGGCGCCCCAGGCGUUCCUCUGCGCCUUGGAAGGGUUUGACGAGUCGAAGGGCACCUGGGAGGAGUGCGCUUCUGACGAAUUCUACGAACUCCUGGUGGACAAGGCUCUCUGCGUGACUCCGCUUAGUGUGGGGGACAACCUUUACACGGCGAUUCCUCAGUACACCGUGAGGGCGGAAAUUGGGGAAACGGUGGUGAACAAAGCAAUGGAAAAUCACUGGAAAGCUUUGGGAGGUAAAGAUGGUGACAUCAGCCCGGCGCAGAGCCCCCCAUUGUUGUUAAAGGACAAAGUUAUUAACUCCAGCAGCCUACCAUGUUACUAAAGGCUUUCCCAGAACGACCAUUAAACAUAAACCUCAAAGAAUCGGCAGGACUUGAUUUCAAACAUGACCAGUGGACGGAGAAAAAUAUUAAAAAAUAAAAUCUAUGUAUAAUAAAUUUGAUGUAA